AUGGCCGAAAGUGCCGAAUUUGUUGCCACAGUUGGCAUAGAUGCCGGCGGAGAUUCCUGCAGACUCUGCGUAGCAAAAAGCGGUCAGGACAGAGUGAAUUUACAUGUGAACAGAGUUUCAAAUAGACAAACUCCGGCACUCGUUUCCUUUGACAAGAGAUUAAGAAUUUACGGGGAAGAAGCAGAGGCAAGGGCUGCGAGUCUCUUUAAAAACAGCGUUCCUCUUCCACUUUACAUUUCUGGUUUAGACAAAGAUUCCCUUGGAGAAUAUAUAAAGACCAAAAAGUAUCUAUUUGGCUCAACAUUUGACAAGAAUAACGGUGCAUUUAGUGUAACCUUUGACGAUGCUCCUUACCAAGUCUACCCAGCUGAAAUCCUUUCCUUUUUCGUAGACAAAGUCUUGGAUACUGUGAGGAAGGAAUGUGAAGUUUCCACUUCAGAUGGAAAUAACAAGUUUAGAGUUGCCCUUAGUCUACCAAUUUAUUUGAGUGAAGAGACUAAAAAGGGAAUUUAUAAUUCGCUUUCACUAACGGGUUAG